AGCAUCUUGGUUGGGAAAUCAAUGUGGCGAAAUAUUUUAUCAAAUUUUGGUUGUGUUCGAUCGUUAUGUUUUGAUUAACAGGAUAUUGUAAUUUACCUCUCGAGACAUUAUUAAUUAAUUGAAAAUAAUACCGUUUAAUUCGUUCGAACAUUUUAAUUCAUUGUAUGAUUGUAUUUUUUUAAUUCGGAAUUGUAACGUUAUAAAUAUGUUCCGUCUUAAGAGCCUAGUACAAAGAUUAUCCAAAUCGCUUGUAAACCAAAAUAAACAGCCGACGAAAACCGCCGCCGUAGUCGCUCCAAGUGAUCAAGAUAAGGACCAAAUCAUUCGAAACCUGACGGAGAAAGUAAAUGGUUUAGAAUCAGAGAAUAAAGGUUUAGAAUCGGAGAAUAAAGAUUUGAAAUCGAUAGUCGAUUCCAGCUACGGAACGGAGUUGUCCCUUUGGGGUCCGCGAGUAAGGAAAGAAGUGGCCGAGAAGGUCAACUUCUCCAGGUUGAACUUCGACAUUAUCCGGCCAUCUUUGGACAUGAAUGCGGGGUCGAUCCAUUAGGUCGACUUCGUUUCGGUUGUUGAGUUUAAGACGGCGGUCACAUUCAAAGGGGUUCACCCCGGUAUUAUUACUGCAGUAAGAAGACGUAGGAAUGACUUUAAUGAUUAUAUUUACGAAAUUCUUACUCUGCCGGGCAGUUCCCAGGAUGAACGUCUGACCGACCCGUCGUUCGUCACUGCGAUGGACUUAACCAUCGACGGUAUUACACGACGUACGCUAAUAUUCGACCAAGCUCAGUGGGUCGACUAUCGACAUUUCGUGCAAAAAAUCGGUUCGGUUGACUUUUCCAGUAAUUCGGGAAAAGCGUUGUUGAAUUUUAAUUAUAGUCGCCCGUUUGCUUAUAUAUAAGAACUAAAUGUCUAGUAUUCUACUGUUUGAACAUUUGAAAUACCUAUUUCUUUUAGCUGAUAUAGUAGCUACUUUAUAGCUGCUUUUGGGGAAGGUAUAUUUAUCUAGUUACAUUCCUUUUAUUCGCAAUUGAAGACCCCUCGCCAAAAAAGGCUCGACUGUAUUUUUUAUGACUCCGAGAAAAUCGCAAAAUACGUGUACGCCUAAACUAUAUGUAUCACAUUAGCAGAUGAAAAAUGCUCGUUUUUAUAAUGACAAAAACAUGUAAAAAAAAAAUAUUUUUCCACACAUCUCGUAUUAGCUGAACUCUUUUGCACGUUUUUUCUUUCAUAUCAUUCUGAAAAUGUUUUUGUAUGCAAAUAAAUGUUAUUCGUGAGUCAUUGAACGCACAAAAUUUGAUCAACGAUCAUUGCUCAUCGAUUUUUCUUUCUCGUGGCUUCUCUCACAUAAGAGCUCGGUCUCGGAAUUCGUCAUCGUUUGACAUUUUAAAUUUUUUAUUUUUUCAAUGAAGUUUUUUGGAGAAAUCGGUUACGUCGACUUUUCGACUAGUUCGAGAAAAGCGUUGUUAAAUUAUAACUAUAGACGCCCAUUUAUUUAUGUACCUAUAAGAACUGGAUAUCCAUUAUUUUAUGUAUUAUGUAUGUAUUUUUCGUAGAGAGAUUCUAAGCUAUUAAUAUCUGUGGGCAAGUGUGAAAUAUCUAAUGAUGUUUUAGUGUUAGCACUUUUUCGUGCAUUUGAGACUGAGACUGAUUUUACGAAAAUUUCAGCACGUUUUCAUUGGCGAUAAUUUUUUUAUACCUUUUUGACAAAUUUUGCUGGAAUUUCAGGGGUUUUAAUACUUGUCGUAGUUUUUUUUGACGAUAUUUUUUUGUUAGUGAAGAAUCGAUACCAUUUAGAAUAAUGAUUUACGAAAAAAUUAUUUUAAAAUUACGAUCAGUUUAACGCGUUAUCACAAGUAGAAAUAACUCGGGCAGGUUUUCACCGUUAAUUUUAUUUUCAUUUGAUUCGCUAUUGGGUGUUCGGAGAUUUCAAUUCAACGACCAUUAAAUUUUUUUUGGUUGAUCUGUGUCCAAGUUUAAAAAAGCGAUCUGUAUUUUUUGAAACGGUUAAAUGAGGUUAUUGUACGUAUACUUUCUCAUUCUUUCAGUAAUUUAUUCGUGAAGACCAAAACACACGUAGGUACAAGUUCUAUCUCGAAAUCUAUUGGUCAGAAAAUCUUGAAAUUUUUUCGUCUUAAACUUUUUUUGUUUCUUAAUUUUUUCAACGAAACUUUACCUACAUGAUUCUUCAUUUUUUAAUGUAUUCCGAUCAAAUGAUUGACGCGUUUUUUUGUUUGUUUGUUUAAUGUGAUUGAAUUUUUUUUAUCUGUCUUUUUUAUAUUUGUUCUGUUAAUUUACGUGAAUUUUGUGUGUACCUACAUAUUAAAGAUAAUUAAUUCACGAUUAUAUAUAUAGGUACCUAUAUAUCUAUUUGCUUUCUUGCUGGCCCUAUUAAUGUUAAUGAUUAUGCGUAUGUAAAAUUAUUGAAAUAAUAUUGAAUUCUGUAUAUUAUGUCGACGUAAAAUUUAAAUUAUAAGUUGAAGAAGUGGCU